AUGGUGGGCGACCAAGUUAUGGAAGUCGACUCCUCUCCUUCACUGCAGCAGAUGGCACCCCCUCUUGUUCGUCGAUCCCCGCGACUCGCUGCUCGGCACGUUACCAACUCGCCAUUUGUCCAGUUGCGGACCCCACGCGCUGGAGCUGCACGAAAGCCUGGGCGUCCCAAGCAUAUGAUUUGGAACUACUUCAACAAAAGUCACGGAUGGGUCAUUGAAAGCGCACGCAAAAUGCACAUACUGCCAAGAGAUUAUUCGGAGCGCUCAGCAGGGACAAAUAGGCAAAGGCAUAUAAAGAUUUGUGUCAAUGCUCCGGCUACAGUCAAGCAGCAAGUUCACGAUCAUUUCCCUGACGUUGAACGUCGGGUAACUUCUAGUGCUCGAGGUACGACGGCUACCACUGCCGCGGCAUCUUAUGCCAGUGAAGCCGCACCUACAGACGUCGUCACGGCGCAUGAACCACCAGAGCUGACGCCCAUCCAGAAGCAGCAGAAGUUUGAAAUGAAGUUGGCGACCAUGUUUUACCUAUGUGCUUUACCGUUUUCGCUGGUUGAAUCGAUGACAUUUCGCGCACCGUUCUUGCUUGUGGCCCCAUGGGUCAGGUUUCCGUCCAGGCGCAGGCGGAGUGGUGUCGUGCGCGCGAUCAAGUUCGUCAGAGAGCUGUUCGACUAA